CAACUGAUCAUCAAACCGUAUCCAUGGCGAAUAACAAUGGUUGCUCGCAACUCAUCUAGGUGUCGGUUGGUGCACUAAUUGUCAGCGCAAAUGGCUCCAGGGAGAUAUGGUGCAGGAACCAGACUCCUGAUCAGGGUUGGUAAUGCCCCGGCCAUAAAAACCGUAACCCUGUCUAGGAGGUUGGGAGUAUAUUGGCAUAUCAAGUCUUGAGACCCAUUGGCAAACAUGCUAUCUGUGGAGUCAUAGCCCUUUAUCGCAUGUGCAAAUUAGUCACACCCUGUUAACUCUCCAAUAUUCCAAACUACACAGCAUAUUAAGGAGCACAUUGGAGCAACAAAAGUGAGAUGUGCGACGUAGAUGCAUCGCGGAGCCAUCCAAGCAACUUCUGCGGCAGAUCCCAAGGCGAGUUUAACUACUAAACCCUAGAUGGCUUAGCGCCUUCACCGGGGGGCCGCCUCCAGGUCCCGGAACUCCAACCCCUUGAGGGGUUCACCAUCCGCCGUGAUGCAGCUUCUCACACCAAUCAACACGCGAACGUUCUCAAAAUGAAAUUUGCAACUGGCCGGACUAUUAUUCUUACUGGAGCUUCCCGAGGAAUCGGGUGGGAAAUAGCUCGUUGCCUCUUGAGUUCGCCGCUGUCCAGCAAUGUUGUAGCGAUUGCUCGCUCCGAGCAACCGCUCUUGAAGCUCAAGGAGCAGUAUGGGCGGCAAGUUGAGAUUGUGUGCGGCGACGCGACGGAGCGCGGCAUAGCCGACAAAGCGGUCAAGGCAGCUCUUACGGCCUUUGGCAGGAUAGAUGGCCUAAUUGUCAACCACGGGGUCGUGGCUCCCGUGACUAAAGUGGUAGAGUCUGAUAUGGAAGCAUGGAAGAAAGGGUUUGACAUUAAUUUUUUCAGCGCGGUUGAAUUUGUCAAAGCAGCGCUUCCGCAUAUCCGCAUAUCAAGAGGAAACAUCAUCUUCACUUCCUCGGGCGCUGCUACAUCGGCUGUAAUCGGAUGGGGCUUCUAUGGCGCAAGCAAGGCUGCUAUGAACCAUUUCAAUGCUACUUUAGCAAAGGAAGAGCCUGAAGUCACUUGUAUUGCGAUCCGCCCAGGCAUGGUGGACACGCAGAUGCAGGAAGAACUAAGAUCCGAACAUAUAGAUGUACUCGGUCCCAAUGAUGGGCAGAGAUUCAUCACUGCGCACAAGGAAGGGAAGCUACUGCCACCCGAAAAGCCGGGUCACGUAAUUGCCAAGCUCGCGGUUAGCGCCCCUCGCGAGCUCUCUGGCCAAUUCCUAACUUGGAAUUCGGAAGAAUUGAAGGAUUACCAGGAUGAUGCAUGACGCUAAGGAACUAAGGACCAAUUGAUGAGGUUAGCAUUAUCCUCGACGAACUACAAAAUACAGCAGGUAUCGUAUAUUAGAGCCAUAGAAUGCAUCAGUCGAAAGGUUAAAUGGAUACAUGUAGCUAAGCAUCAGAUGCAAAGAGCACCUUCAUAUUUAGCAUGGAGUGAUGUUUUUUUUCAUCA